CGGCGCGGCGGGAGUCGGCCCAGGGCCGGAGAGCCCCGGUGCCACCGGGCUCGGCUCGGCCCCGCCGCUGGUGGCUGCCACUGGCGGGGCCGGGAGCUGCGGGGCGGAGGGAGUGAUGCAGAGGGGCAUCUGUGUGUCUCGUGGGGCUGGGGACAGCCGGCAGGCAUGGUGGGUUACGACCCCGAAGGCAGGUGCGUGUCCACGGUGGAAGCGGCUGCAGCAGGAUCAGCGUCUGGCUUGGUCACUCGGAUCCUUGUCAGCCCCUUGGACGUCCUCAAGAUCCGCUUUCAGCUCCAGAUCGAGCAGCUCUCCUCCAGAAACCCCGCGGCCAAGUACCAUGGCAUCCUGCAAGCUGUGCAGCGCAUCUUCCGGGAGGAGGGCUUGACAGCCUUCUGGAAGGGUCAUGUUCCUGCUCAGUUCCUUUCUGUUGGCUUCGGGGCUGUUCAGUUCAUGACAUUCGAGAGCCUGACGGAACUGAUGCACAACGUCACCUCCUUCAAAGCCCGCGACUCCUUUGUGCACCUGGUGUGCGGGGGCCUGGCUGCCUGCACGGCCUCGGUCGCAGUCCACCCUGUGGACACGCUGCGCACCCGCUUUGCUGCCCAGGGUGAGCCAAAGAUUUACCCCAACCUUCGCCAUGCAGUGGUGACCAUGUACCAGACAGAAGGGCCUCGGACGUUCUACAGAGGUUUGACCCCCACACUGAUUGCUAUCUUCCCAUACGCUGGUCUCCAGUUCUUCUUCUACAACAUCCUGCAGCAGUUUUCCAAAUGGGUGAUUCCAGCUGAAGCAAAGAAUGGAGCCAGCGUUAGAAACCUUGUCUGUGGCAGCUGUGCUGGAGUCGUCAGCAAAAGCCUCACGUACCCUUUGGAUUUGGUCAAAAAGCGACUGCAAGUGGGUGGCUUUGAGCACGCUCGGGCAGCCUUUGGGCAGGUACGGACGUAUGGGGGUUUCCUGGACUGUGUGACGCAGGUCAUGCGAGAGGAGGGCCCAGGUGGGUUCUUCAAGGGCCUCUCUCCCAGCUUGUUGAAGGCUGCCUUCUCCUCCGGCCUCAUCUUCUUUUGGUACGAGCUGUUCUGUGGCCUCCUGUGCGCCCUGAAGAGCCCUGAGAGCACGAAGAGGAAGGCAGGCUGAAAGGGACGUGUGUGGCUGCCUGCUGUUCUCCUCAGGAGGGGAGACUGAUGGCCUUGCUCUGUCACAAGCAGUGUUGGAAAUGUCAGAGCUCCCAGAGCUCCCCCUGUGGGGAAUCACCUCCUGGGACCAAGCAGAAGGAGAAGGCAACUGCAGUUGAGGCACUGAACUACUUGGCUGGGAGCCGUUCAACAGAGCACUUUCCUUCUGUCUCCUCUCAUAUCAGUGCACAUUUAGUGGUGAGAGGGGAAUAAACAGACCACUCCCUAGCAAUUCCUGUGCUCUGAAAAGGCACCCAAUAAAGUGGGUGAAUCCCUGAACUCGCCCUGGAUCCCAGAGAGGGGAUUGUGGCCCAGCUUAGUGCUGCUUUACCAACCAAACGCCACUUCCUAGCACUGCAUCUGCACAGCUUUAUUCUUUUGCUUCGUGCCUGCUGUUUGCACCAGAUUCUUGUCUCGGUGUUGCACAGGUUGCUCUGUCCUGCUGGUGUGAAUUCAGGUAAAGCCACAUUAGUGCACAGACCCUUGGUCUUCCUUUCAUUUGCUGCCAACUGCUGCUUCUUGGUCACCACUUGCUAGCUGAGCAUUCUCUGUCAUCUUAAACACAGCAUCUUCUCUGAUCAUGCUGGAUCAGACUUGUUUUUCCUUUAACUCCAGUGAACUUGAUUGUAUGCUGAAUUCCUUUUUCUCUUCCUGGGUGUCUGGCCAUACAUCUCUUAGGGAUUUGCAAUGCCUCACUCACACUUUUUACAAGCAAACUUGCAUAUUAAGAGCCCCGUUCUAAAGGGGAUUCAACGCACAAACUAAAUUUUUACUUCAGGGUGCUUUGCUUCAAAGCAGUGAGUAAACAAAUGCUGUAUAGAGUUAAGAAAUAAUUAUUCUAAGCUGGAAUAAUGAAGGGAAAGUCCUGUGGAAACUAGUAAUUUUUUUAUCAUUAUUUAUUUAACAGCACCUCUGAAUGUGUCUAACAAGUAUUUCUGUAGUGGUCUCAAAAUAUUUCAGAACCUCAGUCCUGCACUGGUGCUAGCAGAUGAAAAUGUUUUGACAAGAUUUGCUGAAGUGAAAGGAAUGAACAUCAAAUGGGAAUUGGUUGGCUGAGCGUGGUGUUUCACAUGGAUGAUUGAAUUAGAGAUGGAAAAGUGUUUUUCUGGAGUUUCAAAGGUUAUAUGAGUGGUUAAAAAAACCAACAAAACAACCUACCAACAACUCUGAUUUAUGUAACAGUGGAAAAGAGGAAAAUUGCUUUCUUCCUCCUCUUUUAUUCUGUGUUUUUUCAAGCCUAGCAGGGUGUGGCUGGACUAUGUGGAAGGCAGAGUUCUCAGCCCUGCCAUACAAAAGCACGUUAGUCAUCUGCAAGGAGUGGAUAAGGCAGAGCACUGCAGUUAUUUGGAGGAUGGUUUGAUGGUUUUUAACACAGAGCUUUUCCCAGCUCUUUCGCAGUAUUCAGGGUGUUAAUCCCAAAUGGUCUGGCCAAAUUCCAGCGUGACCAAUUCCAUUCCAUUGACGCAACUUCUCCUGGCAAUUUUGAGCAUAUCAGCAUUGCUCACUUAUCCUGAGCUAUUGUGAGAGGCUGUUUUUAAAAAACAGCUGUUUCACUGGUGGCUGAGGUAUCUGGAGAAAUUCCUUGCAAGCCCAGGCUGAAUAACUUUAUGUCUGCAAUGGGUUUGAGAUCUUGGAUUACAAAGUGGCCUGCAGGUGACAGAGCUACAUAAAAUUAAGUUCACUGAGCAGUGUCAGUGUCAGGCUGGAGGCCAAUAUGUGAGUCUUAAGGAGGGCAAGAGAGCUGCAUAUACUCUAAAAAUGGCCAUUUUGUUUAGAGCAGAAAAUGCAGGAAAUGUGGAGUUUCUCCAAGUGCCUCAAUCCUAUUGUCAUUUUCCUGUGUUAUUUGGGCUCUUCUGAGAUUCCUCAGAAUCUUCUUAAAGAUGUUUAGCCUUUGUUUAUUGUUCACCUGUUGUUCUUGGAAAGACAUCAUAAGGAAUAAUGAUUUCAGCCUCAUGACAUCCUUCUGAGGGAGAGAAAUGUCUCUUUUCAAAACAGACACAAACGGGUUGGCUUUGUUACUGUCUUUUGUUACUGGUGAGAGGAAUGCCCUCAUGGUUAGCAAGGACAGGCCAGAGCAGAAAAUACUCGGUGCUGACCUAGGCUUCCUUAGGAAAUGGGUACUCAUCUGUCCUGUCUAAACAUUGCAAGACUUGUUUUCCAUUUUUUUGUCAAAGAGCUGCUGUUAAACCACACAAAAUACAGGGAAACUGGUUGGGAACUCAGCAGCAGGAAAGAGCAGGAAGAUUUGUACUCUGUUAAGAUGAUGUUCCUUGAGGGUGCAGUGGAGCUUGAGGUGAUGCUGGUAUGGGCAGCUUGGCUGCUCCACAGAGAGGGCAGCACUGGAGAGUAUGGAGCAGCUUUUCCUCUCUGGGGUCAUUUUUUCCUCCACUCUGCAUUAACUGAGCUUGCCUCCACCCAACAGAUGGCAAAGGCGGAGUUUUAAGUUGUGCCUGUCUGGCCCAGGCUGUGGAAGAGACACUCCCUGGUCCAGUCACAAAUGUUACAGGCCCAUAAAGGCAUCUGGGCUUCCAGUGAGAGGGAGAAAGAUGUGACAACCUCAACAAUAUUAGGAGCUGCAUCCAACAAUCACUUCUUCACCUCUGAUCAGCAGCAUCUGUCCCUCAUAGAUUUCUCAUGUGCACUUUGCUGGAGAAAGCACUGUAAGAGGAGUGUUGAUUUACUCUAUGGGAUUGAGGCUGAAUGAAGCACUAGGAGGACAGGUCUUAUUUCUCAAGCUGCUUUGGCAAAACACAUGCUGUUAGGAGCUAAAUCUCUUAGAAUUAGAGGAGCAGAAUAUGGGAGAGAGAUGUGGUCACCGUGUUCUCCGAGGUGCUAGGACAGAUAUGCUCUUGGAAGCUGUGUGCUCCUGUUCAGUGUGAAGUGACUCAACAUGGCAAAUGCCUCACUGUGAGACUUGGCUGAUUUUGGCCAUUGGGAUUUCUUUCCAAGCUAAUCCUAUCACCAGGGAUUUGCCUGCAGUUCACCUCACAAGCUGCUCAGCAUUUGCGUUUGUUUUCUUCUAGUGCCUUUUACCAUGAGAACGUCCAAAAGCUCCUUAGCAGGCAGAGCAUUGGUGAGGAGUUGUGCCCCAGUUGUUUGCAGCUCCACCACGGCACUGAGCUGGCCUCAGACGCACAAGAUCAGUGAGGAACAUGCUGAUUCCUGCAGAGCUGGCUGGCUCACCAAGUUCCUAGGACAGUCCCACUCUCAGGAUACUCAUCCAGAGCUGCACAGCAUCAUUUUUGACAAGAAAUGAAUGUUUUACAGCCAGGACUGGAAUAGGUCGUAUUUUUGCAUUUAAUUUGGAUUUCUCUUGUGAUGUAGAAACUGUAACAGUGGCAUUUUGCUGUGUUGCCAGAGUGGAUCUUUUGCAGCUGCUGUUUCCUGAAAGCAUCCGAGCACAACACACACAGUGUGUGCCUACCUUUAAGACAAGGUACAUUAAAUAUUUUGUUAUGCAGUGGCUGGCUGCAGUUGAUUUAUUCCUUUCCUCUUCGUGCCUCUGCUGGACCUUGCAGGAACAUCGUGGCACUCCUGCUGCCUGAAAGGGAGAGUAGUCAGGGCCCAGAGCAUAGGGCAACAGGAGCCAUUUGGACUUCUCAUCGCUGGCUUGUGGGUGCUCCUCAGCCAUAGGCAGAACUGUACCCUCUGUGCUGGAUAUCACUAUUAAGAACUGCACCAAAAGGGAUCAGCCAAGGGGGAUUUUUGCAGCCCAGUCCCACUGCUGUGUCCUAGAGGGGCAUUUGGAGCUCUAGUAGCCAGUCCUGAGCUACACACCCUCGGUGGAAUAGUUCAGGCUUUCUUUGUAUCCAGCCAAGCCAUGCAGUGCUACAGAAAAUAUUCCCAAACUGUUCAUUCUGUGCUCCCUCAGGUAUUCCCUGGUUUCAGCAGCCUGUCUGCUCUGCAGUGAAGACUUCACCCCCUGUGGGGUCUUCCCUUAUGAAAUGGUUGAGAUUUGAGAGAAAAAAAGGUGAAGUGUGUUAUAUCAUA